AUGGAUCUGCAAAAAAAAAUCGUUAAACAAAUCGAGUUCUAUUUAUCCGAUUAUAAUUUACCUUAUGACAAGUUUUUGUGGACCCUUCACGAUAAAAACCCGGGUCACUGGAUCCCAAUCACUACCUUGGCCAAUUUUAAGAAAAUGAAGUCACUCACUGAGGAUUUGCAAGUUGUCGUUGAAGCCUUGAAAAACCACAAAAGUGACGACAUUGAAAUUGAUGAAAGUGAAAAAAAGGUUCGUCGCAAGACUGAACCAGUCGAAUUGGACCUGAAGGCACGUACAAUUCAUGCAAAAGGAUUUCCCUUGGUGGAUAUGGCUCCAGGCGUUGAAGAUCCUAAAGAAGCUUUAAUCAAAUUACAAGAUGACAUCGAGGAUUGCUUCGCUGAAAAGGGUAGUGUAAAAUGUAUCCGUUUAAAAUAUAACAAUGAUGUGAAGCCUAGAACAUUCAAGGGUUCCGCCUAUGUCACAUUUAGCUCCGAGGAGGAAGCUAAAACCGUUGCUGAUCUCAAGAAUAUCAAGUUUAAAGACGAAGACAUUGAAUUGAUGUAUAGACCCGACUAUAUGAAAAUGAAAGAAGAACAAUACAAAGACGCGUCUCAGAAUUCUAAACGUCAAUAUCAGUUCAAUGCCUUUAAAGCGAUUAAUUCGAAAUCACAACCCCAAAAGAAACGGGACUUGGAAGAUGCAGCCGAGGCUCCUGAAAGUAAGAAGACAAAGCAGGAAUAA